AUGGAAAUUAAAGAAAAACAAGAUGAUCCUGUGUUAAUUUUUGACACAACAAAUAGCAUAAAUCAUCUCACAGGAAACGAAUUUUAUUUUUUUUCUAACCAUGACGCAAAAGAACAUAAAAAAAAUUAUUCUCAGAAUUCUCCACCCAAGGAAACAUAUCAAAACAAUCACACCACAGAACUUGCUGUAGAUAUAAACAAAAAGAAUAACAAUGUAGAAAAUUCUAAAAAAAAAAAUGAUAAAUAUGGCCAAAGGGAAAAAGAAAUAAUUAACAAGAAUAAGAAAAAUGAUCAAGAUAAAGAGACAAAAUUAUAUCCAUUAAAUGACACAUGCAACCGUAAUACACAUGAUUAUUUGUUUUCAAAAUGUAUGGAUAAAAAACGGACUUACGAAGAAAGAGAAAGAUUUGUUUUUGAGCAAGAAUAUGGCAAAGUUACUAAUAUAUAUAAUGUAGACGACAUUUUGAAAAUUAUAAACAAUUUAAAUUCGAUCAGAAAAGAAAUUGAAACUGUAAUAUAUAAAAAAUUAGAAAAAAGAUAUAAAGAUUAUCUUAUAAAUUCAGUUAAAAUUAGAGAGAUAGAAAAUUACAUAUCAAAUAUUAACGAUUUAGUAGUCGAUAAUAUGAAUGAAUUAAAAGCAAUACAAGAUAACAAAUAUAAAGAAACCUUAAAUAUAAUAGAAUUGGUUAAAAAAAAAAAAAAAAAUCAAAAAAUCAAUUCAGUUAUUUUAAUUAUUUAUAUUAUCUCUAUUUUUGAUAAAAUCAUUUUUAGAAACAUUUUAAAAAAAAAUUAUGAGUAUGCAUCUUUAGUAUAUUACGAGAUGUCUAAUUUAAUAAAUGAUAAUAUUAAAUUAUUAAAAAAUAUUAAUUGCAUACGUGCAUUAAAAGAAAAAAUGUCUUCGGAAUACCUAAAUAGAUUAAAACAAAAAAACCAAACAGACUUCAUUGAGUUUUUAUUUUCAAAUAAUUCUAAAAAAAACUUAGAAAUACAAAUACAAGUUUCUUUCAAAAUAUAUUACCUGAUUUAUAAAUCAAAAUCUUCAAAUUUUAUUGAGAAUUUAUUAGGUUAUGUAUAUCAGUGUUUUCGGAAAAUUUCAAAGCAAGUUAUUCUAUCAUUUGUAAUUAUACAAAAAAAAAAGGAUACUUUUAAAGGUGCCCUUUCACAAAAUGCGGAAGAAAAAGAAAGAAACAGAGACAGAGAUGUGGAAAAAAGGGAAGCAUCUAAUGGAGAGCUAAAAGAAGAAAUUAUGUUUUUAAAUGAUAAAUCCAUAAAAACAUUUGACAGUGAAUUAAAAAAUACUCCUAUAUUGGAAAAUACUAACAAAACAGUAUUAGCGGAAAGGGUAUUAAAAGAAGAUAUACAUAAAAUAAGUAAAAGUUCAAGUGAUAUAGAAUUAAAAUAUAAUGAUGAUUUGAAAAAUAUUAAAACGUUUAAAAAUGCACAUAAUAAUAAUGGCAUACAAAAUUCACGCACUGAUAAAUACGAAAUAAACAAGCAAAAGGAAACAGUACAUCCAUCAGAAAAUAUUAGUGGUCUAAAUACUGCAUGUGAAAACGAUAUAAAUCAAAAUCAAGAUGAAGAUAAUUUGUUGUUUAUUCCCUUAAAUGAAUUAGUUUAUAAAUUAAAUGAAAAAGAUAGUUAUGUCUCGAUGGUCAAAAUUUAUGAAAUCACAUUUGAUAUUCUUAACAAAUAUGAUUUUAUCAUAAUAUAUUUAUUAAGUUGCUACAAAAAUUAUGCAUCAAAAUUAGUAAAUAAGGAUGAGGCAGAUAAAAAAACGAAUUUGGACGAAAAAAAAGAAAAAGGUAUUCCCAUUAAUUAUGAAAAUCUCCAUUCACAAAAUUCCAUUAAAAUACAUCAUGAUCUAAAUUCUAUAAAAUACAAUGACCAUAAAUAUAAUAACUGCGAAAUUCUAAACGAUAAUAAGACAAAAUAUGGUCAUAAAUUUCAGAAAGAAAAAACAGAACAAGAUCAAAAAGAUAAUGCUGAUGAUCCCCAUUUUAAUUUCUAUGAUAUAUUAAAUUUUCAUAAAAAUAAAAAAUAUAAUUCAUUUUUUUCACAAUUUUCCAAAAAUAUAAAUUCGUAUAAUUCACCAUCAGACAUCCUUUUUAUGAAUAAUAAUAAUGAAUGUAACAAUAAAAAUAAUAACUACUCAUUUUUAGACAAAUAUUCAAAUAUAAAAGAUCAGAUAGAAAAUUAUUUAAUGGACCAAAUAACUAAAUAUGAAUACUGUGAAGAAUAUGCAAACUUUUCUCGAAAAUGUGCAAAUAUAUUCAUAAAUUCAAAAAAUAAAUUUUUAAAAAAUAUAGAAAAAGUAAUAAAAACAAUUGUUGAAAAUAUACAAUUCGAUGAUUUUGAUUUCAACUAUGGAUUAGGAUUUAUAGUUAUUACUAUUAUUUUUUGUAUUCAUUCUUUUCUUUUUGAAAAUGAUUGCUCAAAUAAAUACAUAUACAAUUUGAAAAUAUAUGAAUUAAACACAGCUCAUCCAAAAGAUCACGAAGACACCAAAAAUCCUAAUUCUAACGAAGAAGCAUGCGAAUUGAAUGAUACAAAUAUGGUUCUAAAUAAUAGUAUAACAAAUAAAAACGAAAAAGAGAAAAACAAAAAUUUGAAACAGUCAUGGAAAGAAUACUUUCUCAACGAUGUUCCAUGUACAAAUAUUUUUGAAAAGGAAAGUAUAGAUAUUUUUUAUAGCAUAAUAGAAAACAAUAUAAUUUUUAAAGAAAUAGAAAAAAAUAUUAAAAAUAAUCUUUCAAAAAUACUUUCUAUGAAUAUUCGAAAAUUAAGCAACACUAUUAAUAAUGAUACAUGGGUAAGAAUCCCAACUAUAAGAAAUAAGUCUAUUUUAAAAAAAAAAAUUAAAAUUUCUGGUGUUAUAUCGUUUUAUAAAAAAAUAUUUAAUAAUUUUUUAAAUAUUCCUUUUUCGGAAAAUCCAUUAAUGAAUUUUAAUUUCGAAACAUUAGAAGAAGAUCUUUCCUCAUAUAACAUAUUAAAUGAACCUUUGGAAGAGGAAAUAAAUUACAUCGGUUAUUCAGAAAAUAAUACUGCUAACCAAGUAUCUUCUGGAAAUGUUACUUUAGAAAAACAGAGCACAUAUCAACCUAAUGAUACAAAAAAUUUGAAACGAAAAAGUGAAAAGAAAGGUGCACAAAAUAAUGUCGAUAAUAAUGAAGAAGGAAAAAAAGAAAACCUACACAAUUUAAUAAAUGAUAAAAACAAAAUAUAUAGCAUGAAAGAUUUUGAAAUUGUUAAUUUUGACAUAGUUUCAUCAUACUCUACAAAUAUGCUAAUAUCAGUACUUCAGAAAUAUCUUGAACUUAAUGAAUUAUUACCCAAUUUAAGAGAUGAAAUUCAUAAUAAUAUUUUUAAAACAAUUGAUUUAUAUAUAUAUAUGUUAUGUUAUUAUUUCAUGAAAAAGGAAACAAUUGAUGAACUUAUCGUUGAUCCAAAACAAUGCAAUGAAAGACUUGGAUUAAAUUGUAUAUAUUUUAUUAUAAAAAGACAAGAAAAAUAUAAAGAACUAUAUUCUUUCUUAACUUCUUAUAAUGAUAAAAUUAAAAAUGAGCAAAAUCUAUGCAACCUAGAAAAUUUGAAUAUAAAUAAAAGUAACUUGCCCCAAACACAAUCUAGCGUAGACAAUUUUAACAAAAAUAAUAUUACAGAUAAUAAAAAAUAUCAUUUCCGUUUAAAUAAUUAUUCUAAAAUUUAUAGUUCUACUUUGGCAUAUGCUAUUUCUGAAAAAAUUAUAUCUAUAGAAUCAUUAUAUUGCUUAAUAUCAAAAUUAAAAGAAGACGCAAUAAAAAUAGGUCUUUCAAUAAAUGAAGAAAAUUCAAAUUGCACAUCAAAUAAUAAAGAUAAAAAUAAUAUAUUCAUUUCAUUUUUAAAUGAUAAAUUAAAAAUUGUAGAGGAGCUACGAAUUUUAAUAUAUUGUGAUUCUUUGUUUGGAAUUAUUGACAGUAGUAACUAUAUAAAAGAAGUAUUAAAAAUAGUCAAUGACGCUUACAAUAAUGAAAAAGAGAAAAAAAAAACAACAAAUGAUGACUUAAAUUUAAAAAAUAAAAACUUUAAAAUGAAUUUGAACGAAUAUAUGAAUUUAUAUUUAAAUAUAUUAAAUGAUGGGAAAAGGAAAUUAAUGUUUUCGUGUGAAGGAGUUACAUCAAUUGUUAUUCAUUAUUUACUUUGGAAUUUAAUUAAUUAUAUAUUUAAUUUAAAUAAUAUAGAAAUUAUAUAUAAUAUCAAAAAGGAAAUUAUUCCUAUAAUAAACAGUUCUAAAAACCUUAAAAAGCAAACAAAUCAUAGUAAUUAUAAACCCCAAGAAAAUAAUAAGUAUAUGCCUAUAACCAAAAAUGGCAAUACUCUAUUAUCACAUAAUCAUUAUUAUAAACGCACAGUAACGCCUUUAAAUAAUAAACAUGGGAAAACUGAAAAUUACACAGCACACAAUAAUCAAUAUGAAGAUAAUUACACAGGAGAACAUUUCAUAAUAAAUACAUUAAAAUGCUUUUUUUCGACAAUAUCUAAUUCUAUAAUACAAAAUAUAAAAUACUUUGAAAAAGAAAUUGAAAAUUACAUAAAUAAAAAUAAUAAUACAGCAAUACAAAAUACAAUAUAUAUGAAAUUUUUUAAUGAUUUAAAAAAUUCAACUAAUAAUUCGAGACACAAUUUUUAUUAUAUAUAUUUGUCUAAUGAAGUUAAUUAUUACGAUCACUAUUUAGAUUUACAUUUUUAUAAUUUAGAAAAGCUUGAUUACUUAAUAAAGAAUUGUAAUCCAGAUUUUUUUCAAUAUAAGCAUAUGCGUUCUAUCAUUAUGAAAUAUCAUCAUUUUAAGAUGAUCCCCGAUAAUUACGUUGCUAGUUAUGAAAUGGGUAUAAUAAAAUACAUACAAAAUAAAAUUAAAUCAGUAAAUUCGUAA